AUGAAGGGCUUCGUUUUGACCACAACACUCCUUGUAUCCCUGCUUUUGCUUGUCUCUCUUCCAAUCUCAACCGUUGGAUUACCAAAGAUAUGGUGGCAUAAGCAAUCAGAACAAGCGGAUGCCCGCCACCUUCUCAAAGGCCCUUCAUCGGAGACUACAAGGUUGGUUGGGCUUGCACUUCUAUCACAGGCCCCUAACUCAUCUCCAUCUCCCACCGGACUGUUUCCAUGGCUUCCCAUCAUCCCGAAACUACCAAACCUUCCGGGACUUCCUAACAUUCCAAAAUUCCCUAACAUCCCAGGCCUCCCUCCCCUCCCGGGACUCCCUCGCCUACCAGACCUCCCUCCCCUCCCUCCCCUCCCGGGCCUCCCUAGCCUACCUGGACUGCCUCCUCUACCGCCAUACUAG